CGUACUGUCUAUAAGCUGGACCUUCAUCUUCCAAUGGCUCUGCCACUUGAAAAAAUCAAGGGUCUUACCCCCUUCGAUGAGGUUAUUGAUAAUGUCAACUACAUCCUUGCCGAGGCUGGCGCAGCAGCUGAAUGUAGUUUUGGCAACAACAUAUUGACCACAUUCAACAACAGAAGAUACGAGAACAAGAUGCCCCAGUCUUGCUACCAAGUUCUGGCACAGGAUUGUACCAAUGAGCUUAAAUUCAUGGUUCUGCUGAAGAAGGAUCAAAUUGAACAGAACUACAUCAACGUGAAAAUCGCUGAUAUCGAUAUUGACCUGUACCAUAAGAACAGUGAAGUGAUUAUCAAGGUCAAUGGAAUGGAAAUACCCAUCAACAACCUGCCAUACCAGCAUCCCAUAGCUCCAAUCCAGAUCAAGCCUAAGGGUGAAGGUAUCUCUGUGUUCGCUCCCAGUCUUGGUCUACAUGAAGUCUACUAUGACAAGAACUCAUGGACGAUUAAAGUUGUGGACUGGAUGAAGGGACAGACCUGUGGACUCUGUGGAAAGGCUGACGGAGAAAUCAGACAGGAGUACCGCACACCCAACGGACGCUUGACAAAGAGCGCAGUCAGCUUCGCUCAUUCCUGGGUUCUCCCAGCCGAGAGCUGCAGGGACACCACCGAGUGCCGCAUGAAGCUUGAAUCUGUGCAGCUGGAAAGUCAAAUACACAUCCAUGGCCAGGAAUCGAAAUGCUUCUCUGUUGAGCCUGUGCUGCGCUGCCUGUCCGGCUGCUUCCCUGUGAAGACCACCUCCGUCACUGUUGGCUACCACUGCCUGCCUGCUGAUGCUGCCCAGAAUUACCCCGAGAAUAUCUAUGAUAAGAGCGUGGACCUGAGGGAAACAGCAGAAGCCCACCUCGCCUGCAGCUGCACUGCUCAGUGUGUUUAAUAAUAUAAUAAUCUUAAGCAUCAUGUUUUGAAUAAAAUUCAUUUCAAAGAAAA